CAGCAACAGUUUCAAGAUUCAAGAUGUUGAAAUCGUUAGGAGUGAUCCUCUUUGCAGCUAUUAUAGGCAUUUUCGUAAUCGUACUCACCAAGAUGCUCCAACAACUGGCCUACCAACCUUCACCUCGACCCCCUCGCUCGCCCUCACCCUCACUACCAAGUUCGCCCUUCCCGUCGCCUACAGGCACGCUCUACAACGAGGAAAUCAUCGUCUCUCUAAUCAACGAGUUCUACUCACUCCUCGUUUCACUGGCCUACCUUCGACCCUCUCAGAUCAUCUAUCCUCCUCCGGGCACCGUGCACAAUAUCAACGAGAAACUCUGCAAAUCACUUAACAUCGACGUUGCGGUCAUUUCACUUAUGAAGAGAAUACCGUACAUUGAUGGACUGUACGAAGAUGUUCAGAAGCUCGAGGGGUUUAACGAAGAAGCAAGCGCGUAUGGCUGCCAUCUAUUCCCUGGCUCUAGGGGAUAUUCAUUUUUGCGUGGCGACGAUAUCGUCGAGAGUCGUGACCCGGAGAAUGAUGGGGUUGAGGGAGUGAGGUUGAACUAUCUGCUGAGCCAUGAUGUCGCGCUGUCGCAUUGUUUGAGAGAUGGGAUGAUUUUGGUGCUGGAUACGAAAGCAAAUACGGUGAGGGUACUAGAAAACAAUUCUGGUCCAGACUUCGACAACCCUGAAGGUACGGUGCUUGAGAGACCGGAAGAGCCGAGGCAUUACAGAAAUUGCCACCCGCAGGACGCACCGUCUUACUUCAGGCAUCUAAUUGACAGGGUCCGGUCAUUAGAGCUGAUACCUUCCGGGCCCUCGAGGUGGCACAAAGAGUUCUACGGCUAUAACAUGGGCCAUGAAGAUCGCGAGCAGGUGAAGAAGGUACUCAUAGAGGAGUACGGCUGGCCAGAUAAUUUCAGGCAGGAGGAUUGGGCACGAGAUGCAGAGGAGAUUUGGAACAGGAUUGCUUUAAGUUAA